AUCUCGCAAAAGAUGCAGUCCUUCGUUUACAGUCCCCUGCCUCACAGAAUCAUCUUCGGGCGCGGUUCCAUCCGACAGCUUCCGAAAUGCCUCGAGGAGCUUCGCUUUCGUCGGCCCUUGGUCCUUUCAACCCCCCAGCAGGUCGACCAGGCCAAACAACUUACCACCAUCUUGGAGCCCCACGUGGAUGCAACCUGGAUCUUUUCUGAGGCCACGAUGCAUACUCCUCUGGACAUCACCGAAAAAGCCCUCUGGUUCUGCCAGGAGAAACAGCCUGAUGUCUUGGUCUCGAUCGGAGGCGGCAGCACCACUGGCCUUGGGAAAGCCAUCAGCUUCCGCAAAGGCUUGUACCACAUCGCGGUCCCAACCACCUACGCCGGCAGCGAGGUGACGGCGAUCCUCGGCGAGACUGGUGAUGGCAUCAAGAAGACCCAGACCCAUCUCUCGAUCCUCCCAAAGACGGUCAUCUACGACGUGGACUUGACUCUCACGCUUCCUCUAUCCAUGUCGCUAACCAGCAUGAUCAAUGCCCUUGCUCAUGCCGUUGAAGCCCUUUAUGCUCCCAAUCUCAAUCCUAUAGUCAGCCUCAUGGCGACCGAAGGCGUCAAGUCUCUUGCCAAAGGAUCAUAUGAGCUACUUGAUGAUGCCAACUCCAUUUCAGCGCGAUCUGCCUGCCAGUAUGGAGCUUGGCUGUGCGGAACAUGCUUGGGAAGCGUUGGAAUGUCUCUCCAUCACAAGCUCUGCCAUACAUUAGGUGGCUCGUUCAAUUUGCCACACGCUGAGACACACACCAUCAUCCUCCCUCACGCCCUGGCCUACAACGCGCCUCAAAUUCCCGAGGCCAUGAAAGCUCUUGCUGGGGCGUUUCCGGAUAGCGAGGGUGACGCUCUACGCGGCCUCAACAAUCUGCUCCGCAAUCUGGGCGUUCCCCGAAGCUUGGGAUCGAUUGGAUUCAAGGAGGAAGAUAUCGACAAGGCAGCUGAUCUUGCCGUCAGCAAAUCCUACCCCAACCCAAGGGAUAUAAACAGAGAUGGAAUCAGAGAGGUCAUCAGGAGGGCUUGGGCUGGGGAGGAGGCGAGGGCGGAUUUGUAG